AUAAAGGAGGCUUAACGGGUUCCUUCCAGUGGCCCUGAAAGAGGGCUUGGCGUACCCAUUGACUAACAAGGUCUGUGACUGUUUCAGGAUCAAAGACUCACUUGCUGUCAUUAGCAACUUCCUGCAUAACACUACUGUAGCCUUAUCUAUAGUGCCCAUUAGAAAUGGUCAAAACAUGGGAUGAAAUUAUCACCUUCCCCAGCUGAAUUUUGAUGAAAAAUAGGAACACAUUUUUUAAACUAGUUGUAGCGUACAUCAACAUGGUAUCUCAAUGUUCCAACUAAAGAACAAGAACACUCCCAUGCGAUCUGCAUGUCCAAUCAAAACUAACCAACACACAUGAAAUUUGGAAUAUUGCGUACUCAUGAUUAACUGCCAUGAACUAUGUACAGAUGGUGGAAACUGGUAACUGGUAGAAAUGGGAGAAACUGUCCUGCAAAUGAUUUAAAAAAAAAAAUUCAAUAUGUAAGAAUCCCUGAUCUUUAGUGGAACUUGCAUUUGUGGUCUGGAGGUCAGAUAUUUUCAGCAAGUCUUUUUAGAUGUACUGAAUAGUCUCCUUUAGGCCGUAUCAUGUACCUUAGAAAGAUAGACUUAGAGACAAAGAUGUAAUUUCAACAAGAGUAUCAUAAACUACUAUUUUUGGUGUAAAAAAAAACAACCAAAACACAAAAAACCCCAGAACAUCAACAGGAAACAUCAUAGGCGGAUAAAACGAUAAAUAUAUAGAGUCACUGCCGUCUUCAGACUUCCUUUGAAACGUAAGCAUCAACACUCUCCACCACCAUACACCGUCUUCCAGUAAGUGACUAUUUUCUCUUACUUCAGAUUGGAAGAGGAACAUAUAUGGAGGGUAGAACAAAAUAUAGACCAUCUUACAUCUCUUAAAAAUCCACUGGUCUGAAAGAUUCUAUUACUUCUGGAGGCAUCCCCUAUCUCUAAAAUGGGAAUUCUAUCAGAACAGGAAAAAAAACUCUCUUCCCUGAGAGGGUAUUGAAACAUCAACUGGAACAUCAGCUGUGCCUGGAACAGUAGCCUUUAAAAAGAAGACUACAUGGAGCUUCCAGAUUGUUAUUACCCAGACCUUAACCUUACGUGCAACGAUUACAAUGAGAAUGAACAUUUUCUCAGGGCCAGCAAAAUCUUUCUGCCCUGUAUGUAUGCAUUUGCUUUUGCCUUCGGGCUGAUAGGAAAUUUUUUAGUCCUUAUCAUAUACAUUUUCUGUGAGAAACUGAAGACGUUGACAGAUGUAUUUUUAGUGAGCUUGGCUACAGCAGACUUGCUUUUCCUUUCCACCUUGCCAUUCUGGGCAUAUUCUGCUGCUCGCGAGUGGAUUUUUGGCUCCUUGAUGUGUAAAAUUAUACGGGGCCUGUACACUUUGAAUCUGUACACUUCAAUGUUAACGCUCACUUGUAUAACUAUUGACAGAUUUAUUGCUAUUGCCCAAGCCACAAAAGCCCGCGUGUGUCAAGCCAAAAGAAUGGUUUGGGGGAAAGUGAUCUGCAUUUUAGUUUGGGUGAUUUCACUAGCAUUUGCAACGCCACAAUUUAAAUACAGUACACAAUCAAACUAUGAUAAGUCAGUCUGUCAUGCAGUGUAUCCUUCAGAUCUCACAGAAUUGGUUUUUAAAGUGCUCCAAAUGACCCUUGGAUUCUUUAUCCCCAUGCUAACCAUGAUUAUCUGCUACUCAAUAAUUAUCAAAACUUUACUUCAUGCCAGGAGUUUCCAAAAACACAAAUCCUUAAAAAUAAUAUUUUCUAUAGUAGUGAUGUUCAUUCUUACUCAGUUACCCUACAAUUUGUUGAUACUCAUACGCAAUAUACAUGUGGAAUUCAACCUGGACUACAAUUUCGACUCUGCAGUGGUUAUAACAGAAGCAAUUGCUUAUCUCCAUGGCUGUCUCAACCCUGUUCUAUAUUUCUUUAUUGGGGUGAAGUUCAGGAAGAACUUCCAGAAAAUCAUCAAGAACAUCAGAUGUGUUAAGCGCCAAGGUAUCGUGAAGCAAUGGCAAACCACUGAAGAUGAGGGCUCAAAAACUUGUACUGCCUCACCCAAUGUAGAAGCAACAAGCAUGUAUCCAUUAUAAAAAACUGCAUAGAGGGUCUCAGCUUUGUUAAUUUUUUAAAAAUGUACUCACAUUAUGACAGGGCUUAUGUAACAGCCACAUGAGACUGAUAUAGUAGAAGCAGGCUCCGUGUAAGCUUCUCAACACAUCCAAUGCAUCUCAGUCCUGACAUUGUAGCACUCCUGUUAUUCCUGAGCAAAGACUGGUAACUGGGUGAAACUCUGCACUAGUUUUAUGAUAGGUAUACAUAAAGGUUUGAGGAUGAGAUCAUCCAACUCUUUCAUGUGUGAUCUAAGGCUGGGUUUGAACUUAGGGUUGCAGCGAUAGAAAGCUAGUGUAUCAGCCCUCUGGGCAAGUUAACCUCCCAGGAGGGAUGUUUGUAAGCAGAAAAGACAUUUAAGAGCUUUGUUUUAAAGAUGCUAAGUGAAUAGUUGUAGUUUGUUGUGACUUUUAGCCUGACUUUUUAUAUUAAAAUUUAAUU